GUUUGGUGAGGUCUGACGCUCAAGCCUGGUUUUGUGCGUCUGUGUAAAGACCAGCCUUGAGGAAGCCAAGCAAUAUAUAACCCCGGCUGGAGAUGUUGUGUAACCACGUAUAUUCUACAUCAUAAUGCCUGCAGAAGAUGGAGACCUCCAGGCAUCCUCCUCCAUCUCCAGUCCGGUUAGUGCUGCUCUCACCCCAGGACGUUUGGAGGAGGAUGGAUCUACAAAGGGACCUGCUGUCUGUGCUUUCCCAGAGAACAGUCAGGGUUCUGAGGCAGCUGCAGCUUUCCCUGCCAACACUGGACCCGGGGAGGGUAACAGUGCUGGCAAGCGGGCAGGAGCAUUGCUGCAGAUCAACCGUCAGCGAAUCCAAGUGGCAUCUGCCAGUUCUGGAGCAGACGAGCUCCAAGGUCUUGGUGUGGCUGUGUAUGAUCAGGAUGUUCUCGAGCAAGGUGUUCUCCAGCAGGUGGAUGAGGCGAUCCAUGAGGCAAAUCAGGCUGCUGCCAAAGCCGAGGCUGAGAAGGAGUACCAAUCAGUGCUAGAUGAUGUCAGAUCUGUUACAGCAUCUUUAAAACACAUCAACAAGAUUAUCGAGCAGCUAUCCCCCUAUGCUGCCUCUAGCAAGGAUAUUAGCAGGAAAAUAGAGUCUGUAAAACGGCAGAAAGAAAAUAAGGAGAAGCAGCUUAAAAAGGUCAAAGCAAAACAGAAGCGACUUCAGGCCAUACUGGGAGGGGAGGACGUUCAGAGAGUUGAGGCUGAACUGCUGGCAGAAGAUGAUGGAGAGGAAGAAGCGGGACCGUCCACACUGGGCAGCAUGCUCAUGCCAGCACAGGAAACCGAAUGGGAGGAACUCAUCCGGAAAGGCCACAUGACACCUUUUGGUACCCGGAUACCACAGAAGGAGGUAAAGAAGGAGCCUCGGAAACUGAUGCUGGCUGAGAACUCUGCGUUUGACCAGUACUUGGCGGACCAGGCCAAGUUGGCUACCGAACGGAAGAAGGUACCCCUUCUUAAGAAGAAGAAAAGUUCUGCACUCAGCCUUUAUGAAGAGACCAAGGGUAAAACAGGAAAAACAGUUUCCUCAUCCAAGGAUAAAAAACUGAAGAAGCGCAUGCGAAAGCUGCAAAUAAAUGCUUUGAGGACUCAACCUAAGGCUCAACCUAAGCCUGAACCAAAGCUUCCUAAGUCACGGAGGAAGAGAUACACAGAGGGAGAGCAAACAGACAGCGAAGGGUCAGAGUACCUGCCCAGUGAUGAAGGACUGGAUUUGGACCAGGAGGAAAGGGAUGCCAUGGAAGAAGGCUUUGGGGAUGAUAAUGAUAAUGAUAAUGAUGAGUAUGAACUAAAACCAUACAAGAAAAAGGCUGUGGGGGCAGGAAGGAAGAGAAUGAAGAAAAACGACAGUGAGGAUGACUACUCCCCUGAGAGUUCAGAUGAUGACAGUGAUAACAGGAGUAAAUCCCAAAAACAUAAAGACGAUGGGGAUGUGGAGUACUACAGGCAGCGAAUAAGGAGAUGGAAGCGGCAGCGGCUUCGAGAACGAGAGGCGAAACGAGAACGAGGGGAGGAGCUUACGGACGACAGCGAUGCCGAAUUUGAUGAAGGCUUCAAAGUUCCUGGUUUCCUCUGGAAAAAACUCUACAAGUACCAGCAGACUGGUGUGCGGUGGAUGUGGGAACUCCACUGUCAGCAGGCAGGAGGCAUCCUGGGAGAUGAGAUGGGAUUGGGCAAAACCAUCCAGGUCAUCAGCUUUCUGGCAGGACUAAGCUACAGUAAACUGAGGACUAGAGGGUCCAACUACAGAUACGUCGGUUUAGGUCCAACAGUGAUUGUGUGCCCAGCUACGGUCAUGCACCAGUGGGUGAAGGAGUUCCACACCUGGUGGCCUCCUUUCAGAGUGGCUGUCCUGCAUGAAACUGGCUCUUUCACCAGCAAAAAGGAAAAGCUGAUUCCAGAAAUAGCAGCAUGUCAUGGGAUCCUGAUCACCUCCUAUUCAGCUGUGAGAAAUUUACAAGACGUGUUACAGCGCUACGACUGGCACUAUGUUAUACUGGACGAGGGCCACAAGAUCAGGAAUCCAAAUGCCGGCGUCACUGUCGCCUGCAAACAGUUUCGUACUCCUCACAGGUUCAUCCUGUCUGGCUCACCAAUGCAGAACAACUUGAAGGAGCUGUGGUCUCUCUUUGACUUCGUUUUCCCUGGCAAACUAGGGACACUUCCUGUCUUUAUGGAGCAGUUUUCUGUGCCAAUAACUAUGGGAGGGUACAGCAAUGCAUCACCUGUCCAGGUCCAAACGGCGUUCAAAUGUGCCUGUGUGCUGAGAGAUACAAUCAAUCCUUACCUGCUCAGAAGAAUGAAGGAUGACGUCAAGGCCAACCUCUCCUUACCUGACAAAAACGAACAAGUGCUGUUUUGCAGAUUAACAGAGGAGCAGCGGCAAGUUUAUCAGAGCUUCUUAGAUUCCAAAGAAGUGUAUCAAAUAUUGAAUGGUGACAUGCAGGUUUUUCCUGGUCUGAUUGCACUGCGCAAGAUCUGCAACCAUCCGGACCUUUUCUCUGGUGGGCCCCGGAUCCUGAAGGGAAUACCAGAGGAUCAGCUCACAGAGGAGGAACACUUUGGCUUUUGGAAACGAUCAGGGAAGUUGGUGGUGGUGGAGUCGCUGCUGCGUCUCUGGUUCAAACAGGGUCACCGUGUCCUGCUCUUCACUCAGUCCAGACAGAUGCUGGACAUCCUGGAGGUUUUUGUAAGGGAGAAGGACUACUCCUACCUGAAAAUGGACGGCACGACCGCGAUAGCUUCCAGACAGCCGCUCAUUGCUCGCUACAACGAGGACAAAUCCAUUUUUAUCUUCCUGCUGACCACUAAAGUUGGUGGUCUGGGAGUCAAUCUAACUGGAGCCAACAGAGUUAUCAUAUAUGAUCCGGACUGGAACCCAAGUACAGACACACAGGCUCGAGAGCGAGCGUGGAGGAUCGGUCAAAAGCAGCAAGUAACCAUCUACAGGCUGCUGACUGCAGGGACCAUUGAGGAAAAAAUCUACCACAGGCAAAUCUUCAAGCAGUUUCUCACCAAUCGCGUUCUGAAGGAUCCCAAACAAAGACGGUUCUUCAAGUCUAAUGACAUCUAUGAGCUCUUCACUUUGGCUGAUCCUGAUGGAUCUCAGGGGACAGAGACCAGUGCCAUAUUUGCAGGCACUGGAUCUGAUGUCAAAGUACCCAAGAAACCUGACAGGUUAAAGGCAUCGGCCUGCAUAAACAAAGUCAGCCGUGAUUAUACAAAGUCCUCAGGAAAACAGGUUGAAAACAGGGAAAUCCCUGCCUUAAGAGACUGCAGCUUAUCCCUAUCCAGUGGGAACCUUCCGGGUAAAUCUAACGCUCCAAUGGACAGUCGGAGCACAAAUCAAAAUUUAGAAUUGAAUGAUUCGACAAACAUGCCUCUGGUAAAAGACAAUAACAACUCGGAUCCAGUUGAGAAGGCAAACAAAAGCCUGAGCUCGGCUAGCUAUCAGCAGCACAGAGACAAAGGAAAGCACAGGGAAAAGAGAAAGCACUGUGACUCCGCCGAUGUGGACAAACGCAAACAUAAAAAACACAAGCGCUCCUGGGAUGCUCGGUUCGAAGGCCACCGCAUCUCACAUCUGGUGAAGAAACGCACUUACAAAAAAGAAGAAAGCGAAGAGAAUUCAACAGAAGACCAGAGAAAAUCGGAUGAUUACGUCUUGGCAAAGCUCUUCAGGAAAUCUGGUAUACACAGUGUGAUGCAACAUGACACCAUCAUGCAGUCUUCCAACCCUGACUAUGUUCUUGUGGAAGCUGAAGCCAACAGGGUGGCCAAAGAUGCCCUGAAAGCGCUCAAGAUUUCUCGGCAGCGUUGCAGGCUGCCUUUUGAUAGACCUCCAGAUCCACCUGCGAAGAAACGUUUUGGACAGAAGAAGAAUCCUCUUUUACUUACGCGUUCUGCUCCAUCUGCACCCCCUCCUAUUAAAUGCAAGGAUGCCGCUAUCGUGAAGAUGCCUGUUUCAAAGAAACCAAGUGCAGGACUUCAUUUUAGUGGGGAAGGGGCAGAUGACGAUUCAAACUCAGCUCCACUGUCGUCUGCUUCCCUGCUGGCCAAGAUCAAAGCUCGAAACCAUAUCUCUAAGCUCUCCUCUCAGGGAACAGCAGCAGAGGAAGAUGAGGAGGAGGAGGUAAAUGGCCUCGGAGCUUCAGGAACAAGCACCCCUCCUGCUCCUCCAACAGAGCACGACGAGCUGUUAGUGGAUCUGCGCAACUUUGUAGCCUUCCAGGCCAAUGUGGACGGCGAGGCCACCACGCAGGAAGUCCUGGAGUAUUUCAAACCAAGACUGAGCCAGAAACAGGCCCCCGUCUUCAGAGAGCUGCUCAGGAGCAUCUGUGACUUCCAUCGGACCUCCGGUCAGGAGGGCAUCUGGAGACUGAAGGAGCACUUCCGCUGAAAGAAACAGCAAAACUACCAAGAAAAACAAAACGUUCACCUCCAAGUCUCUUAUACCGAAAGCUUUAUUUUAUGUUUUAAUUUGUGAAAAUACACUCCAAACCUAAUUCAGCAACUUUUCAAUGGUGCUUUAAGGACUAUUUCUAGGAAAGCAUGUUUACUGUACAAACAUGAAAUGGUUAAAGUGAAGUUUUGGCAUUGUUAUACUCGUCUCCAUGUCUUCAUGUUUAUUUAAAGCAGAUUUAUUUUUAAUCUGUUUAUCCUUGAAUCUGUUUCUGUUCAUUUGUCAAACUAUAAUACCUCAUUCACUUUCAGGUUAAUUGUUUCCACUUGAACCAGCCUACCUUUAAAAGAUUUGUGAUAUUUUAUAUUAAAGCUAUUUUGUGCAACUUUAUGAAUAUCGCUAUACUGUAGGUUUCUGGGGACCUUUCUAAUGACUGACGCAUCUAUCUGUGUACAUAAAUGGACCUUAUUUUGCCUGAAUGGGUUUAGGCACCUACUUUGUUGUGAUAAAAAUUUAACAUUAUGUUUGCCACUGUCUUUCACUUGAAAUAAAGUCAGUGUC